CAGCAGUUGAGGUUGAAGAUCCGCAGUCGCAGGGAGAAGUUGGGCUUCAUGGCGGGAUCGCUGCAGGGGUACUAGGCGGCUCGAGCUCCCCGGCGACGACCGCCGGCUCCUCCUCCCCGGGCAGUUCCUUCCUCGCCGGCGGCGCGCACACGUGGGCACCAAGCCUGCGCGGCUUAGGCCCCCGCGUUCCCCAGGCAACCGGCCUGCUCGUCCCGAUCCGGCCGGCCGCCAACCCGGAAAGGCGAUCCGCUGCUGAAAUCCGGGCGCCCAGGCUCGGCGAGGGCCGCGCGCGAGGACCCUGGGUGUCCCGAGAGCGCCCCCGGGCUGACGGCUGCCGGUUCCUUUUCCGCCGAGCUCGUCCCCGGCCGCAGCAGCCCGCGCGCCGGCCGCUCAGCAGCAGGCGCAAAGUUCAGGAAAGGCCCGGCCGCCCCGGGUCCCGCCCCGUGCGAGCGGCGGGGGCGGGGCCGCGCGGUUGCCUGAACGACGCAGUGUUUGUGCUCCUGGGGCGUCCCCGCGCUCGACCAUGGGAAGUCCGCAGCCCUGCCGGCCCCAGCGAGCCCGGUGCGGCUCGCCCCCGCUACCCGAGCGGCCGCUGCAGGUGAAGGUGGUGGGGCUCUUCAGCUGCCCCAACUUUCAGAUUGCGAAGAGCGCUGCUGAGAAUCUGAAGAAUAAUCAUCCAUCCAAAUUUGAAGAUCCUAUAUUAGUUCCUCUUCAAGAAUUUGCAUGGCAUCAAUAUCUACAGGAGAAAAAAAGGGAACUGAAAAAUGAAACCUGGGAAUAUUCUUCCUCCGUGAUGUCUUUUGUUAAUGGUCAGCUCCUGGGUGAUGCAUUGGAUCUGCAGAAAUGGGCCCAUGAGGUGUGGGAUAUAGUUGAUGUUAAACCCUCUGCACUUUAUGACGCACUUGCUGAGGAUUUUUCCACUAAAUUCUUAAGAGACACCAAGCACAAUUUUGUGUUUUUGGACAUUUGUAUUGAUUCUUCUCCAAUUGGAAGAUUGAUUUUUGAGCUAUACUGUGAUGUGUGUCCCAAAACAUGUAAAAAUUUUCAGGUCUUGUGCACAGGAAAAGCAGGGUUUUCUCAAAGUGGCAUAAGGCUACAUUACAAAGAUUCCAUUUUUCAUCGAAUAGUACCAAAUGGCUGGAUACAAGGAGGGGAUAUAGUGUCUGGAAAAGGUGAUAACGGAGAGUCGAUUUAUGGACCAACAUUUGAAGAUGAAAACUUUUCAGUUCCUCAUAAUAAAAGAGGAGUUCUUGGAAUGGCCAACAAAGGCCGCCACAGCAAUGGGUCACAAUUCUAUAUCACACUGCAAGCAACUCCUUAUCUAGACAGAAAAUUUGUGGCUUUUGGGCAAUUGAUUGAAGGAACAGAAGUGCUUAAACAACUAGAAUUAGUUCCCACAGAGAAUGAAAGACCAAUACCUAUGUGUAGAAUUAUUGACAGUGGAGAUCCUUAUGCUUGAUUUUCAUAUCAGUAUUUUCUGUGAUAAUGUAUUACUUUGCAUCUGAUCAGCUCUUUGUAGAUUUAAUUAAAUAGUACUUGAUAAAUAUAAUAUGAAA